AAACAAGAAGCGACAACAACUGCUAAAACAGACCGCCUACAACCCGCCUCCCCCGGCCGUUGUUUUUAAAGUUUUGUCCAACCUGAAGAAGCGCUUCUUUAGGCGCCACCGGCCGCCACCAUUCCUAUGCCAGCCCGCAAGGGGCUGCUCGCGCCCCAGAACACAUUCCUGGACACAAUUGCCACACGGUUCGAUGGCACGCACUCGAACUUUGUGCUCGGCAAUGCGCAGGCAAAUGGCAAUCCAAUUGUUUAUUGCUCGGAUGGGUUCGUGGACUUGACAGGAUAUUCACGCGCGCAAAUUAUGCAAAAGGGCUGCUCAUGUCAUUUCCUUUACGGGCCGGAUACAAAAGAGGAGCACAAGCAGCAAAUUGAGAAAAGUCUUUCAAAUAAGAUGGAACUAAAAUUGGAAGUUAUUUUCUACAAAAAGGAAGGUGCUCCUUUUUGGUGUCUUUUUGAUAUUGUGCCCAUUAAGAAUGAGAAGCGGGAUGUGGUUUUGUUCCUGGCCUCGCACAAGGACAUCACGCACACUAAAAUGCUGGAGAUGAAUGUGAACGAGGAAUGUGAUAGCGCUGCACUCCUGGGCGCUAGAUUCCGUGCCGGCUCCAAUGCCGGCAUGCUGGGAUUGGGCGGCCUGCCCGGCCUGGGCGGACCGCCGCCUGGCGAUGGCAGCGACGCGGAUAUUGGUGAAGGCAACAAUUUGGAUGUACCUGCCGGCUGUAAUAUGGGACGACGUCGCAGUCGUGCGGUUCUAUAUCAGCUAUCCGGUCAUUAUAAGCCCGAGAAGGGCGGUGUCAAAACCAAAUUGAAGCUGGGCAAUAAUUUUAUGCAUUCAACUGAGGCACCAUUUCCCGAAUACAAAACGCAAUCGAUAAAGAAGUCACGCUUGAUUUUGCCCCAUUACGGCGUAUUCAAAGGCAUAUGGGAUUGGGUCAUACUGGUCGCCACCUUCUAUGUGGCAUUGAUGGUCCCAUACAAUGCCGCAUUUGCCAAGGCGGAUCGUCAGACCAUGGUCUCCGAUGUCAUUGUGGAGGCGCUCUUCAUUGUCGAUAUUUUAUUGAAUUUUCGCACAACCUUUGUCUCGCGCAAAGGUGAGGUCGUAUCCAAUUCAAAACAGAUUGCCAUAAAUUAUUUUCGUGGCUGGUUUGCCCUGGAUUUAUUGGCCGCCCUGCCCUUUGAUCAUCUCUAUGCCUCCGAUUUGUACGACGGCGAGGAAUCGCACAUUCAUCUUGUCAAAUUGACGCGUUUGUUGCGCCUGGCGAGGCUAUUGCAAAAAAUUGAUCGAUAUUCACAGCACACGGCUAUGAUUCUGACGCUGCUAAUGUUUUCAUUCACGGUGGCGGCUCACUGGCUGGCCUGCAUCUGGUAUGUCAUCGCCGUAAAGGAAUACGAGUGGUUUCCCGAGAGCAACAUUGUCUUGUUCACAGGUUGGUUGCAGCUGCUCGCCGAGAGAAAAAACGCGUCCGUUGCCAUACUGACAACGGCUGAAACUUACUCGACAGCCUUGUAUUUUACAUUCACCAGCCUCACAUCGGUGGGCUUUGGCAAUGUAUCGGCCAAUACAACGGCCGAGAAGGUUUUCACCAUUAUAAUGAUGCUGAUUGGCGCUCUGAUGCAUGCCGUGGUCUUUGGUAAUGUUACUGCCAUCAUACAACGCAUGUACUCACGUCGAUCCCUCUAUGAGAGCAAAUGGCGCGACCUCAAGGAUUUCGUGGCACUGCAUAAUAUGCCAAAGGAGCUGAAGCAGCGCAUUGAGGACUACUUUCAAACUUCAUGGUCGCUCAGUCAUGGCAUUGAUAUCUACGAGACGCUACGCGAAUUUCCGGAGGAGCUGCGUGGAGAUGUCUCCAUGCAUUUACAUCGUGAAAUAUUACAGUUGCCGAUAUUCGAGGCAGCCUCACAGGGCUGCCUGAAAUUGUUGUCACUGCACAUAAAGACUAACUUUUGUGCACCCGGCGAAUAUUUGAUACACAAAGGCGAUGCACUCAACUAUAUAUAUUAUCUGUGCAAUGGCUCAAUGGAAGUGAUCAAGGACGACAUGGUUGUUGCCAUUCUGGGCAAGGGCGAUCUCGUUGGCUCGGACAUCAAUGUGCAUCUGGUCGCCACGAGUAACGGCCAAAUGACUGCUACCACCAAUAGUGCUGGCCAGGAUGUCGUUGUGCGUAGCAGCAGCGACAUAAAGGCGCUCACCUACUGCGAUUUAAAGUGCAUACACAUGGGCGGUCUGGUGGAGGUGCUGCGUCUGUAUCCGGAGUACCAGCAGCAGUUUGCGAACGACAUACAGCACGACCUGACAUGCAAUUUGCGGGAGGGCUACGAGAAUCAGGACUCGGAUAUUGGUCCGUCAUUUCCUCUGCCGAGCAUUAGCGAGGACGAUGAGAAUCGCGAGGAGGCCGAGGCGGCUGAGCAGGAUAAGGAUCACAAUGGUGUCGGUGCUGGUGCCGGUGCCGGUCCUGGGAUUGCAGGUGUUAAUCCGCUAUCGGCGUCGCCGUCGCCACAGCAUCACAGCAUCACACGUUCUCCGCUGCUGGGCAUGAACAGUCCCAGGCAUCAGCGAUUGCAUCAGCGUGGCAGCUCAUUGAUUACGCUGCGUGAUAGGAACAAGCGACAGCGUCCGCUGAACAUGGCCAGCAGCUUGGAUCGCAACUCGUUCGAGGAGGUGGACUCAUCCGUUGAGGAGGAGGCGGGCGGCAAACGGCCGUCGCUGGAGCGUCUCGACUCGCAGGUAUCCACCCUGCAUCAGGAUGUGGCCCAACUGAGUGUGGAGGUGCGCAAUGCCAUUAGCGCGCUGCAGGAAAUGACUUUUUCAUCCGGUGCCAUGAACUCGCACGGCUCCCUCAAAUUUCCACCGGCUCGCUCCAUACCCAACAUCAGCGGUGUGGCAGCAGCACGAGCCGGACUGGGAUUAGGCAGUGGCGAUACACAGCUUAUGGGCGGCAUAAUUUCCUUAGGUGGCGGCGGCGCGGAGGCAUCGGCAGGCAUGCAACGCAGUUCGUCGCAUCCACCCGAGGUGUGGGGCAGAGAGAUGCAGCUGCCGGCUAGAGGUUCGGCGUGCAGCUCCAAGGCCGCCUCGCCGGCGAGCGUGGAGGCUCCAACGAAGACGAGUCGCAGCUCGCAAACCGAUUUCUAUCGCAUCGAUUUUCCCACCUUCGAGCGCUUCGUUUUGGCCAAUCCGCGUCUGGUGUUGGGUCUGCUGGGCAUUGAGCCGGCCAUCAAGAGUGAAAUAGAGCUGCUGCAGCAGAAGCAAACGUUGCAAAUCUCGCCACUGAACACCAUCGAUGAGUGCGCAUCCCCACUGACGACGGAGGCCAACUUGAACAGCUCCAAGGAGCGUUUGCUUGGCAAUCAAACGCCAGCCGCUGGACGCGUCUAUCCGCCCCUGGACGAUGAGAACUCCAAUGAUUUUCGCUGGACCAUGAAGCACUCGGCGAGUCAUCAGAGUUGCUGCCGGAGCACCGAUGCACUACUAACGCCCGAGGAACAGCCCUCUGCUCCCCAGGAGCAGCCACUGGAGCAACAAGUACAACAACUCCAGCAACUACAGCAGCAGCAGCAGCAGCACCAGCAGCAGCGGAUUAAGCGCAGCAUUCGUCGCAGUGGCAGCGGAGGCAGCAACUCCAGUUUAUCCAGCAGCAGUUCCAGUUCCAACAACUGCCUGGUCUCGCAGAGCACAGGAAAUCUGAACGCCACCACCGCAAACACAACGAACGCCUCGGUUCACUGCAGCAACAGCAGCCACAGUGUGGCGAAUGCACGACGUGCCUCCUGGAAGCUGCAACAUUCGCGCAGCGGUGAAUAUCGUCGCCUGUCCGAGGCAAAUGCCCAAUACUCGCCACCGGCCAAGGUGCCGCUGCCAGUGCCCGUACCCGUGCCCGUGGCAACGGCAGCAGACAACUAUGGCCAGGAUGAGGAGGAGAUUGUGGAGCUGUUGGGUCCGCGGCGUAGUUCACGGGGCACCCUCCCUCAUCCCUCGAUGGCCGAGGUGGGUGGUCGGUUUCUGUUGGGCGUGCACAGUGGGGCAAGUCAGCAGACAAUGAAUUUUCGCUUCUCAGCUGGCGAUGCGGACAAACUGGAGAAGGGACUGCGUGGAUUGCCAUCCACGCGUUCAUUGCGCGAUCCCAGCGCCAAGUAAGCGGAGAGCGGAGGGUGUCCCUGGAAUUUCCUGUUACGCAAAGGAAACGACUAGGUGGGGUUGGGUUGGGUUGGGUUAAAUUAUGGGCUCAGGGUUGCCAACAAAAAACGUGGGCAAAUUGGUAUGUGUGGAGUCGCUUACACGCAUGCCGACGUGCGUGAUUUAUUUCCUAAUUAAUACUGAAAUACGAAGACGCUUGUACUUUUAAUAUCUAUAAGAUAUCUACAGAUACAGUUACUUACACCUUGAUUAUUUAACUAUUGCGUUUAGGUUUUGUCCAAUUGCAGAAUAUAACAACACACAGUGAUUUGCGUUAAGUAACUCUUCAGUUCAAUUGUUGUCCACACUCAAUACAAUUCGAGUUGGCGUCAAUGCAAUUAUGCUGAAGCUUUCAAAUUUGUUUCUAAAGCUGAUUUGAAAGUUAAGCUUAUAACUUAAAUAAAUUAUAAAAUAUAUCCUGCUUUCCAAGAAUAAUUCAAAGAUUAAGUAACAUUUCUGGCGUCAUUAAAACUUAAGUCUUGUUUACUUUACUUAUAAGAAAGGGAGAUUGGUCAAGAGAGCAAAGUAAUUAUGUAAACAAAGCAUAUUUAUUCCUAGCAUAUCAGAGUAUUAUCUAUGACAUAAAAUAUAUUUUUUAAGACUUAAGCCAAAUAAAACAAACAAAACUCGAAACUGUGCAAAUAUUGCGUGAGGCUGUCAAUGAGAAGUGCAAAACCGAAAAUCACCAAAUUAUAAAUAAUAAAUGGACUCGGAUGUAUGUAUAUUUUACUAUGCGGCUAGCAAGCAUUGUGGCAAUGCACUUAUGCAACACACACCAACACAUACACAUAUACAUAAGCCUAUAAAAAUAAAAACAUGAAUAUUGACUAUUUAUUGCAAAACAAAUAUUGUAUAUCUGAAUGUUAAUUGUCAACUACAGGAACUUGAUGUAUUUAUGUAUUAUAAAAAAGGUAGAAUAAUAAUAAUUCCUUAAUGUGCAAAAAUUUGUCAGAUAAUAAAUUGUGAGGUCGGCAGUACAAAAUAACACAUUAAAAAAUAUAUAAAACACAUAUUUUGUUGGGCAGACAAACAUAUAUAGUAUACAGUAGGGAGAAAAUUGAUAAGCUGGAGCUUAAUAUAAAAAAUUAAAUACUAUUUAAACAAUUGUUAAAUACUUAAA